AUGGCAUCUAUGAAGUGUAGCUUAAUUAGUACUUGGAGUAAUGAUCAUGUAAUUCAACUCCCCGAGUUUAGAUCAAGAGGAGUGAAGGCGACAACAAGAUCAAGUUUUUCUGUAUUGUGUAGGAAAAGUGACAAUCCCAUGCAUUUAGAAGAAGAGAAGAGUACAAUUAGUAUUGGUAGCAAUAAUAAUGAGAGUAAUAAGAGGCUUCGGAUUUUGGUAGCUGGUGGGGGCAUUAGGGGCCUAGUUUUGGCUUUGGCUGCCAAGCACAGGGGAUUCGAUGUGGAGGUGUUUGAGAAGGCUGAUUCAACUGCCUUGAGAGGCGAGGGUCGCCACCGCGGCUCCAUUCAGCUGUCGAGCAGUGCCUUGGCAGUCUUAAAGGCCAUUGAUGAAGAUGCUGCAAAGAAAAUUAUGGAGGAAGUAUGUUGUGUUAUUGGGAACAAGGUCAACGGCUUUGCCGAUGGCGUUUCUCGUGCUUGGCUUACCAAAUUUGAUUUAUCAACUCCUGCUAUGGAGAAAGGACUUCCUAUUACACGAGUGGUAUGUAGGAUGACACUUCAAGAUACAUUGGCUAACGCAGUUGGCCCUCACAUUUUGAAAAACAAGUCAAAAGUUGCUGACUUCAUUCAAGAGCCUAACAAGGUGAAGGUGAUACUUGAAGAUGGACAGCAGUAUGAAGGCGAUAUUUUAGUUGGCGCAGAUGACAUUUGGCCCAGGGUACGUUCGAAAAUGUUUGGAAAACAAGAAGCCAGCUAUUCCAAUUUUACCUGCUAUAGUGGUCUAACAGAGAUUGCCCCAGAUCAUAUUCCUGAAACUACUAGCACUGUUGGGUAUCAAGCAUUUUUGGGAUGCAAUCAAUAUUUUGUUUUAUGCGAUGUUGGAGAAGGAAGGAUGCAAUGGUAUGCAUUCAUUAAGGAGCCUCCUCUUACUACACUGAUUAAAGGGAACAAAAAGAAGAGGUUGUUGGAUGUGUUUGGGAACUGGUGUGAUAGAGUGAUUGCUGCAAUUUCGAUAACUGAAGAAGAAAUGAUAAUCGAAAGAGGCAUAUACGACAGAGAUAUGAUUUAUAAGUCAUGGGGCAUUGGACGAGUCACUUUGUUAGGUGAUGCUGCUCAUCCCAUGCAACCUAAUCUUGGCUUAGGCGGUUGCAUGGCAAUUGAAGAUUGUUACCACCUUAUACUCGAGCUUGGUCGUGUUUCUGAAAAUGGUUUUAAUGUUCAUAUGUCAGAUGAAAUCAUAUCCGCACUUAGAAGAUACGAGAAGAAAAGAAUGUUCCGUGUGGGUAUAUUGCACGAAGUUAGCAGAACAGCAUCAAAAAUGCUUUCCCAAUACCAUUCUUAUAUCGAGUUCAAAGUAGGACCUCUAUCUACUGUUCUUUCAACUCUGCAGAUAACACACCCUGCAAUUCCUGUGGCUAGAGCAAUCAUGCAGCUGUUUUCGGCACCAUUUAUGGACUGGGCAAUAACAGGUCAUGGGUGA